AGUGCGCUAUAAUCGCAUCGGGAACCUGCUGGUGUCUUCCGCGAACUCUCGAAGAGAAGCAGAGGCGAGCGGCCAAGGAGUUCAAAUGUUGUGUCGCGUGUAUCGCCUGCGCUUGACCAGCAAGGAACCGGACAGAUCCAUUUCGAGCCUGCCCGGCCACUCGGUCACACAUUAAGUACGCGUGUGUUUAAUCGCAAGGAGUUUACCUGUCAUUCGUGUGUCGAUAUGAUGAUUUAACGGCAAAAUCUGUUACGUUCCGGGCGGCGUGAACGCCGAGGAGAUACAUAUGAAGCUGUGUGGCUGGAUGCUGGUAUAGGGGUUCAUUAACGAAACGGCAUGCUUGUAAGAGUCUGGCCGCGCACUGUCACGUGGGAUGAAUGAGGAAGAAUUAUUGAAACGGUCUGCCGCAGAGCGCGAUAGGAUUUUCAGCUGCUAUGACCGUGGUAGGGAAGGCGCUGAGAUUGAUCCCUGGGAGGAUCCCGGCUAUGAAGUCUAUCACACUACAGAUAGAUAUGGAUUCAUACACGAUAAGAGACUACCACAGAAGGAUUCGUAUCAGGCCAAGUUGCACCACGUGGAGAUGGAGAGACUGAAGAAAUGGGAGAAGAUGACAAAGCAAUGGGACAGUGCCUCGACCAAGGAGAAACUGCGCCGUAGAAUAUACAAAGGGAUUCCUAACAGAUUUCGCGGUCAAGUAUGGAUCUUACUUCUAGGCAUAAAAAAUCUGAAGAAGGAGCAGGCGGGCAAGUACGAGGAAAUGCUACAGCUGGCCCGCCAGUGGUCCACGGAGAUACGACAGAUCGACGCCGAUGUUGCCAGACAAUACAGAGAUCACAUUAACUAUAGGGAGAGAUAUAGCAUAAAACAGAAGUCCAUGUUUUACGUAUUAGCCGCUUACAGUAUGUACAACAUGGAAGUAGGAUAUUGUCAAGGAAUGUCCGUGCUAGCAGGCCUGCUACUGCUUUACAUGGACGAGGAAGACGCAUUCUGGGGCCUUUCUGUGUUGCUUGCCGAUCAAAAAUACAGCAUGCAUGGCUUUUAUGUCGAUGGAUUUCCGAAAUUAAACCGCUUCAUAGAGCAUCAUGACAAAAUAAUGAACAAAUUUUUGCCCAAGCUAAAACGAAAGUUGGACAAGUGUGGCUGCGAUUCCAUACUUUAUGCAUUGAAGUGGUUCUUCGUCGUCUUUCAGGAAAGAACCCCUGUUAGUCUCGGUCUUCGUAUUUGGGACAUAUUUUUGCUGGACGGUGAUCGCAUACUACCGGCGAUGGCAUAUACAGUGAUGAAGCUACAUAAGCGCUAUCUGAUGCCGAUGGAGAGCCUCGAUGAGUUCUGCAAUUAUCUGCAAAUCAAACUGGAGAAAAACUUUUGCUUCGAUGACGACACUGUGAUCAGCACGAUGGAGCGUAGCAUGGAGGAAUUAAAGCGUGCCAAAUUAGACUACCCGGGUCUCCCAUUGCCCCAGGAACUGCCCCGUUAUCCGUUUGGCACUUUCAAGGAGCCCUCCUUUACUAACAAGGUUGGAAGACGAAGCGAGGAGUUUAGCGAAGCUCAGCAUGUAAUGCGAGAGUCCGUGGCGCAGCGCAGGGACAUGGCGUUGAUCGACGACGGCAGGGAGAGCACUACGCCCGUCGAGCCGACCAGUGGCCUUGGCGGUAGCAAAUUCUCCUUCGAUCCAAGUAUCGAGGAAGGUACAUCACCCAAUGGUUCUCGCAGAUCGUUAGCCGAGACGUCAGUGACGUCCACAGCCGACCUCUCGGUGUUCAGUUCGGCAACGCGUUCCCAGGCGCUGGACAACAGCCUGGACACUCAGAGCAAUAUCUCGAAUGCCAGCUCGGGCAGCGGCGGUCUGCCGACACCCCGGGCGACGCCACAUCAGCCCAGCCCGGACGUGGUGCGUAUCUACGUGCCGUACGCGUCGCCCUUGUCAGCAGCUGCCUCGUAUAAAGAUGAUCUGCCGCGCACGCUGCCGCGCUCUCUAGACACUAAUAAGAUUCGUAUCCGCGUCGAUCCGGACCAGACGCCUAUUGUCGAGAAUCUAAAACCGUUCUCCCUGGAGAGCCCGGAAGUGGAGCUGGACUUGAAGUAGAGUGAAUCGACCGUAUGAGAAAUAUUGUCGAAGGUGAAAUUAUAGAUGUAUGUACGCAGACAAGGUGAUUUAGAAGUCGCGCGAUUUGAGCUAAAAACAAGAGUAUUUUUAUUAAGGAAAUAAUCUAUAAGAGAUGCUAAAAGUUUGUCUUCUGGGAAUCGAGCGUCGGAUAAAAUCAUCAACGAAAUUGUGCCGCUCAGUCAAUUUCAAACUUUUUCAUGCCUAAAAAAUGUAUAAAUCGGAAUUUGAUUUCGCAACAAGAAAUUUCCUUCUUUUAGCUACAUAUCACUGUUAACAAAUUAAUGUUUUUAUAGUAGUCUGAUUUAUCGUAAGCAUUUUUUUUUUCAAAUUUUUCUUUGCUUCUCCUG